AUAAGCACUCUGAACUCUUAGGUCGGAUUCAAGACCAAGUUAUAACCACGAGAGAUAUACAGCUUGAGAAGCCUCUUUUGCCUCAUUUAUCAUGGCCACACUGCAGUGCAGCAAACCAGCUGCUAACGAAACCUGCCAGCAAAAAUGCCAAGAAAACUCGCUCGGUCAAACCGUUUCCAAGAUGACCACUGAGAUUGUAGAAGGACUUCAUCAUGGAUCUCAGAGCAGCUGCCAGACCCAUGCGCAGGGGCAGACCGAGACGCAAGUCACAUCCAAAGCACGGGCUCAAUGCGUGGCAGAGACCCAUAUUGCAAGCCACACCAAGGGCCACCACCCCGGCAGGCAUCAUCAGGACCAGGCAACUAAUGGCAUGGCAUGCGAGGGAAAGGCCAAGAAGAUGGGUUCUGAGCAUAAGAAGAAAGAGAGAAAGAACCUGUUGCAGAGGAUAAAGGACAGCAUCUCUGGAGAUAGCAGUAGCAGGGACAGCAGCAGCGAGAGUGACAAUGACAAUGACACCUGCGCUAGGAGGAAGAAAUUAAAGUGUUUUCGGUGGCUUUGAAGCAGCAGCACUUAUGUUUAAAUGAAGUGAUGCAAACACGUGCUAAGCACAUGUUACUAUACGGUGCCAUAUCAAGUAAAUGAGGGAAGUGAAGAAGAGCCGUUCGAUUAAGCCUUGACGUAAUCUAUGCUUCAUAUAAAUACCUGCGUGUCUGUGUUAGGGUUACCGAGAGAGGGCUUUAAUGUGUAUUGUGGCCGUCAGGGUGUUUUGAGAUUGAAUUUGUUGAGGGAGAAUUAGGGUUUUGUCGAGGAAGAAGAAAAGCCAAUCUUGUGGCUUUUCUUGGCUCGAUAUUGGUUCAUCUUGUACUCUGAAACUUUGGCUUUACAGAUUCAUCAAUAAAGAAUGAUCUCUGAGGCUGUUCCUGCCGUGGAUGUAGGCCAUUAGGGCCGAACCACGCAAUCUCUGUUUGUAUUUCUAUUUCCUAAAUCUUUUUCAUAUUUCUUGCUAU